UUCAGCAAAGACACCCUGAUGUGAGUGCUGUAAUAACUGCGUGAUGGUUGCUACUUCACUGGAACUCCUUUUAGCAAUGUGUGUUGGCUGCUUAAUAGCUACAGAUCCCAGUAAUAUAAUAGUCAUCCAAACACCAAUGGAAAUACAUCUAUCUACUGGAGACUCCACUGAAAUAGCUUGUAUUUGGGAAAAGUCAAUUAAGAGAUAUAGAAUCAGCUGGUAUCUUGUUAAUAAAGAGAACGUCACCAGAACUGUAUCAUCAAAUCUUGUCUACAACGUCACCGGUCAAAUCAAGAAUGUCCUACUGAUUGAAGCUGCCAGUGCAAAUGACACUGGGUUUUACUACUGUGAGAUAAUUAUUGAAAUACCUUUCUAUAAAAAAGUAUGUGGAAAUGGAACAAAGCUGGUCGUUGAAGAGCGAGAAGCUCAGUCAUUGGAGAAGAGAACGUCGGUAGUUUGGGUCAUCGUUCCCGUCAUUCCUUUCUUAGCUGCAAUGGGAAGCUUAUAUUUUUGCUACAAAAAGAAACAGAAGUUGAUGUUUUCUGGUUCUGCCCAGCUUCCUGCACCACGAGAAGGGCAUCAGGAGGAGCAGACACUUGAGGUGGAAGACAUUUGUAGAAGAACUGAAUCCACCAGAGAAGAAGCUGGAUGGGCUGUGUCUACACUUUAUAACUCACUCGAUUCUUUUUAUGAUGCACCAAACUAAAAGAUGACAAAUCCACUGUCACUACUGGACCCAGUGCAGCAGAUGAGCCAAUCCCACGAACUGGGGCAGCUGCAAAGUCUAGAACAAGGGUAUGGUGAGGAGCUUCCAUCCACUUUGACAUUCAAAACUAAAGGAUCAUGUAAUAACUAUAAUGUGGUUAACAAGUUAUAGAACUGAAAACAGUAUGUAAUGUGCUGCUGAAGUACAGAUUACACGCAUUUCCUGCAAGAAGCGUGUCAGAAGAAAGGUUGGUUCAACACUAUCUCCUGAAUGUUUUGUCACUGACUUUAUUGAAAGGAGUCUCUGAAUUUUGAGAGCAAUUUUAGAAAAACUGUCUUCAACUCAACUGUUUUGAGUUGGACCAAAUGAUCCUUGUGGACCUUUCCAACUCGGGAUGUUCUAUGAUUCUAACUCUUAUUCCAUGUCCAGAGUGUGGAAAUAAUAUAGGAUGCAUUAUAUUUUGAAAAAUCUUCUGGACUAAACAACUUUAUCCGAACAGUAAAUGCAUUUUUUUCAGGUAGCCCCUCUGUAAAUCAGUCUUUCAUGCUUUGAGAGCUGGGGCUGUUCAACCUGGAUAAGAGAGGGCUUCGGGGAGACCUGAGAGCAGCCUUUCAGUCUUUAAAGGGGGCUGUAAGAGAGAAGGGGACAAAUUCUUUAGCAGAGUCUGUUGUGACAGCACAAGGGAAAAUGGUUUCAGACUAAAAGAGAGGAGAUUGCCAUUGGAUAUAAGGAAGAAGGUUUUUGGUGUGUUUUUUUUGUUUUUUUUGUUUUUUUUUUACCAUGAGGGUGGUGAGAGACUGGCUCAUGUUGCCCAGAGAGCUGGUGGAUGCCCCGUCCUUGGAGACAUUCAAGAUCAGGCUGGCACCUGAUCAAGUUAUAGAAGUAUCCCUGUUGAAUGCAGGUGAGCUGGGCUAGAUGGCCUUUAAGGCUGUCUUCCAACUCAAAUGAUUCUGUGAAAUUGCAGCAGUUAAAGGAAAAUGCCCGUCAUGGUAAUCACUGGGCCAAGCAGACAGUAGUACGUACAGGAUGACGUCUGCUCUCUGGAAAGGUCAUCUGUGCUGACGAUGUCAUAGCAUGAGUGGUGUGCCAGGAGGUGUUGUGUUCCUAUGGAAAGGGACAAGAAGUUGAUUCACAGAGCUACGGAAAGUCUUUCAGAGAAUGCAGUCUCCUAUGUGAAAAGAAAUACUGGUAUAAAUGAAGUUGUAUGGAAUAUAAUUAGGUGUAUUUAUUGCCUAGUGUCUGCUAUGCUAGACACAGAGCAGCUUUCCAAAGCCCUUCCAGGCAAUUGGCGCCAUCUCAGCAUGUGACUGCUGGCUGCUCAGCAUCCUGUAGUGAACUCCUUGCUUUACAGCAUGCCUCGUGCUCUGGCUCUGCUCAUGCUGUGGUGGCUGCAGCUCAUGGAGUGCCCUCCCAAAGUGCUGCAGUACAUUGUGGAUGUGUGUCCUGCAGGAGAGAAAUUAUUUCUUACUCUACAAUUUAUGUAGAGGAUUUUCUUUUCCUUCUUUUGAAUUUCAGUCACUUUAAAAUCUUGGUCUUUUUCGUCCUGAAACUCAUUAUUCCAGAUGCUUCCUCUGCUCUGUGGUGGAGCACUGCGCUGUGCCAUAUUCCUUUGAGGCUCACAGACAUGACUGUCCUUGAUUUCUGCAAACCCUGCAGCUUUUUUUCCCUACACCACAGAGUCAGAGGCAGUGACCUUCAGAACAGGUCAAGGAAGCUCUCAGUUAUGUAUCACAGAUGUAACUGGGUGUGGUAAAUGUUGUUCAUUUUAUGUGUUACUGGUUACUUCUAUAUACAAGCUCUGUGAAGAGAUGUGUACAAUAUUCAGAUGAUAAGUAAAACCACUAAAUAAAGAUCGCCACCUGGCCACAGUUUAAUAGUCUGUAAAUCAUAUUUUCAUUACAGCACCAGUAACAAAUCGUUGAUUAAAUGUGGUUUCUAGUAGCAGAGCUCCACGCUACUGACAGCUGCUCAUAUUCUGAAUGCUGACAUCGUUGUGUCCAACAUCUGGCACAUGGGGAGACUGACCCCCACUUCAUCAUGUCUUGUUCUUGUCUGACACAGCUGUGAGCUGCAGCUGAGCUCCCCUCCCCGUUUCUAUCCCACUGAUGGCACUGGCUUGGAGUUGGUGCACUUCAGCCUGUUUCCUUUCACCUAGGACUGCAGACCUCAGCUUGCUCUCUUCCUUGCUCCAUUGCACGAAGAUCCUGUGGGGCUCAGCUCCAUUCAGCUACCUGGCAUUUGGGCAAUUAUUCUUGGCAGUUUGGCUGCUGGGUGCUUCAGUCUGGCUCAAACCUUACUGACUUGCUGUGGAAUCUGUGGAAGAGGAGACUGGAGCUGCACCCCUGGUUCUGUAGCAUCAGGCAUCCCUGGCAGCAGACAGGAGGAGCCCCCAACCCACUGGCCAAAUAGUCAUGUUUCUGUGUGUGAUGCUGUGACUCAUAUUUUUGUGCCUGAUAAUGGCGCUUUCUGAACAGCAGCGACAUUAGCUUAGUUAAACUAAAACUCAUCUGCAAUCUGAUUUUAUCUGAAGUGGUUUCUCUGUACCGCUGACAUCAAGAACUGCUGGUGUUCACAAAAACAACACCUACGGCCCAGGCUUUAACUGAUUUCAGGCUGCCUGCAUGCAUUGGUUGAGAACGCUGUCAGUGUAGAAGCACAGCUCCAUGAGGCAGGCAGCUGUGAGGCUGGAUCCAGUCUGUGCAGAGGGCAGAUCUAUGCAGGCAGGAAGGACCGUGUUCGGAUGGCAAUACUUGACUAACUCGAGCACUGGCUGCAAGACAGAAGCUGAAAUCAAUGCUUGACCUGAGAUAAGGUGUUUUUGCCUGCUCCUCUAUUGAAGACUACCAUCUUCAAAUAGAUCUUUUUAAGGAAAAUACUGUUUUCUGAAGAACUACCUGAGGAGGAAGUGACGCAUAUGAUGUGGGGCCCAUGUUUCCACUCACCUAAGGGAGAUGUGUUGCUUUUAUUCUGCUUUCACGAACUGGGCCUUCCUACCUCAGUGCAGUUUUGUGUGCUGCAUCGAUUUCAGUCAGACUCCAAACCGAUGCAUAUUGCCACAUCCUUUAUGAACAACUGCAGAAACAAGCCAGAAUAAAUAUAUGAUGGUCAGGAUUUAUUUUUGCUAUCGGACUUGUCUUGGGAAGGCUGCUUUGGUGGUGUUUUUAUUUUUUUUAAUGUCAUCCUAUAUCACUCUUGUAGGAACAGGAAACUGCAAAUCCAACUGGAAAAUGAAUAUAGAGAUCAAAAGAACAUUCACCGAUUUCUCUCAAUAUGAGAAAGGAUGGAUGAUGAUGUAUGGGUUGCAGAGCUGUAUGAAGGCAGAUCUGCCCUCAGAUAAAUCAUAUGAGAUCUUUGUGUCAGUGAAAUGCCCUGUGCUCUGUUACCUGCUUAUGAUUGGCUUGUCCCAAACCUGAAUACCUGCACUCCUGUACAUCAGGAUGGCAGCCUCUGGUUAGGGCUGUGAAAGCAAAUCCUGAAUGUAAGCAAUAGAUUUUGCUCCCUUGUUACUUACAGCUUUUAAUUCUGGAAAGAGAGUGAAAGGUAAACAUCACCAGUGAAUGCAGCAGAAGAGGCCAGCUGGUAAAGUGACAGCCAUCAUGAAGACACCUCUGGUCUGAUGGAGUCGGCUCAGAGUAACCCUACUUUCUCAUGUUAGCAGCUCUACAAUGUUAAGUUUAGUUUUUCCUUUUAAGUUUCUUUUUAAAAUGCAAACUUUACAUAAAUAGUCUGGUCCUAAACUGGGCUGCUAUCGAACAAGAAAGGAAAUGGAAAAAGAUGUUGUUUGGGUUCUGAGGGAGGAGGCUGAUAGCCUCUAGGCAGAAAGACCAAGAGCUGUUUUCUCACCUUUCCUGUCCACAGUGCUGUGGCAGAGCUAUGGGGCUGGUAAGCAUCCUGUAUUAUUUCUGCUCUGAAACCACAUGCAUAAUAUUUUACAAGGUAACAAGUAUGCUAAAAAUGUUGGCAUUCCACUUAGGUCAUUUGCUGGGCCUCAUGACCACUGCUUGAAAUGAUCACUUUGGGAGUUUUUUUGUUGUUCUUUCUGACCAUAGCAUAGGACUUUUCCCCAUGCUGACCACAGCUCAGCAGGAUGUGCCUGCAGAAUUACAUAAGCAUGAAGGUAGUGCAAAUGUCAACAGGACUGCCUGUGUGAGAGUGACUGAGAUAUCGUGGUUGUUGGAAAUACAACAGUGAAAAACUUCUUCCUAUCAUUACAAUAAAAAACAAAAGAGCCUUGGAAGCCUUAAUAUCAUGAAACUUCAGCACAGAAGUAUAUAAAUCCCAUGCAGAGUAGCAUGAAGGAAAUGAUUCAACCAGAGGCUGAAAACUAGACAGAAGUAUUUACACUGUAAAUAUUGAUAUGCUUGACUUUACCUGUUUUUAAACUUUGUUUACAUAGUAUGUGAGCUUAUUAAUUGGGUGUGUGAAAUCAAUUUUAAGGGUAUUUUGAGAAAUAAAUGAUAAAAUGAUGACCUAUGCAGAUUUGAACCCUGAAAAAUUGCCAAAAAACUCUCAGUGGCUGCAGCAUUUAAUCCCCAGAUGUACGUAUGUAUGCUGUGGAAGUGAGAUAACCUUUAAAACCAUUACCCAGAUGUAGAGCAAGUUUUCAGAAUUGAUGGAAAGGAAAACCUUGCUCUUUAGUAACUGAAGUGUGUUGUUGCUCUAAAUUCAACAAAAAAAAAUGGGAUGCUGGAAAAGAUGAGGUUUUUGAUGAUUGUGUCUCAGUGUGGAACAUGCACUGCUUGUUUUUCUGUAAAAGGCAAAUUGAAAAGGGGAUAUUAUAAGUACUAAUUGAACAGGGAAGGGCUGUUUAGUACUGCUGCAAGAAAAACACUGAAUUCACUUCAAAUUGUGUUUUCUCCUUUGCUUCCUACAUUCUGGUAUUUAAAUUGUGAGAACUGUCAGAAUGCUGUUCUGCAAACCUUUUGGGAUAAAUGUUAGGGGAUGAGAAGCUCUAAGAGAAGUUUAACCUUUCAGCUCUCCCAGCAGCGAUGGUGACACAAAUGGCUCGUUAGAGCUGAUGAAUGUAUUUAGUCAGACUUUUCCAAAGCAGAAGCUGCUGCAAAGAGCACAGGGUAAAAUUUAUUUUCUGAGAGAAAAUCAGCUCAAGGUCGCACAGAUCACAUUUAAGCCUGAGUGCCUGGCCAAGUGCCACUGAACUGAAGUAUCUGAAUGGUUUCUGGAAACAGCAUGACUCUGCACAUCAGCAUCAUAUUAACAAAUUACACUUCUGGCCCAAGUCAAGGCAGCAGGACCUAAUUUUGUAUAAAUUCUCUGUAAUGCCUCAUCUAAGCUGUUGUCUACAACAUUCCUUCAAGAAAGAAACUUGAAGGAAGCAAUUGGUGGCUAUUGGUUGUAUGGAGACUGAUGUAAAAUGUAACCCAGUGCCAACUGCCAGCUCGUCUCCCUGAGUGCUGCAUAGGUGGUUUGGUAUCAAAGCAUUUCUUGCUCUCCUGUAUGGCCUCCUAUUUGUACUCUGCUUUGUUUUGCGAACAGUUGGGGAUGGUCUAUUCUGUGCCUUGUGCACCAAGCUGCUAUUUUUAAUGGAAAGCAUAUCAGAAGAAAAUAUUUAAGCAAUACAAAGCAUGUGAAUUGAAAAUCUGAGUAGUUCUGGUGUGUGUGCAUGCACGUGAAUGUAAAUAUGUAGCAUUAAAAAUAAAUAAAUAAAUAGAAAGCAGACAUUGCCACCAUGGUGACCUUUCCAUUUCUAGAAAUUCAAGUCCUCUGGUCUAUUUUGUGUUUUAGCAUUUUUGAGACACCUUCUGAAAACCUCACGUCAACUUUUUUGCACAGAAAAGUGGUCAGGGAUGAGGCUGCCUUUUCUACUGAGUUCCAUGGCAAAGGUGUGGCUGCAAUGAUGCAUCCUGUUGACUGAAGCUAAUGAUGUCCUCCCUCUGUCUUUUGGGGGAACUUUUUUCUCUUCCUCUAUGGUCACUAAUAUAGAUGAACAUGAUCCGAAGUCUGGAGAAUGUGUGAAGUAGAUACUUCAUUUUGUUCAGGUUUCCUCUAGUGGGAGGAACUGGUUUCUCUUUAAUAGCCAUGUUUUAUGUUCAUGCUAUAGUCAUGUACCAGAAAAAAACAACAACACUGUUGAAACUUUUUAAAGUGCAUCUCUUGAAUAAAGCUGAUAUAAACGUAGAACUGAUUCUCAUAUUGAGGGCCAUUCCUCAUUUACUGAAUUAAUCACUCAAGUCAUCAAGAAAAAACUUUUGAAAUGGAUUGGUUUUUGUCCUGAGGAUUCAUCAACUUCUUCCUAGGUUUACAAUCUUGUAUAACGUCACAGCUUCUGGGAAGGUAGCUAUGUUGCCAACAAAUGAAGAUCUUGACUGAAGAUGGGAAAUCUAUAUAUUUCUACAUUUAUUUUCCUUUAUUUAUGUACUCAGUGUGUACAUCAAAAUGAUGCAUAAACAUGCAUAAUGGAUGAACUAAGAGUGUUUAGCAAUUAUCUUUAACAGUAAAAGAAAGACAUGAAAAAGUAUUUUACAUUAUAGGUUUGUAUGUAAGCGUGUGCUACUAUUCAACAAGACCAACUGGAGAGUUGGGCAGGGAGGAAUCUGAUGAGAGUGAACAAGAGCAAGUGUAGAGUCUUGCACCUGGGGAGGAAUAACCGCAUGCAUCAGUACAGGUUAAGGGAUGACCUGUGGGAGAGGAGCUCUAGACAAGGAUCUGAGAGUCCUGGUGGACAGCAGGUUGGCAGUGAACCAGCAGUGUGCCCGUGUGGCCAAGAAAGCCAAUGGGAUCCUGGGGUACAUUAAAAGAGUAUGGCCAGCAUGUCGAGGAAGUUGAUCCUCCCCCUCUACUCUGCCCUGGUGAGGCCACAUUUACACUGCUGUGUCCAGUUCUGGGCUCGCCAGUUCAAAAAGGACAGGGGUCUCCUGGAAGGAGUCUAGCAGAGGGCCACAAAGAUGGUUAAGGACCUGCAGCUUCUCCUGUAUGGGGAAAGGCUGAGUAACCUGGACCUGUUCAGCCUGGGGAAAAGA